AUGUCCACAUCAAUGUGGACGUGUGGACGGAAGGGUAUGCUGAAAACUGGGUUCAAAUCCAAGCCAACUAUCCCAACAAGGCACCGAAGCCCCAAAGGAAGCCACCCAGUCCUGGUCCUGGCAGACCCAGCCCACCGUGGGCGCCCUGCCGACAGCAGCUACAAGGAGAAACGGCUCUACAACUUCUUGGGGCGACUCCUCGAACACCAACGGCAAGGACCCACAGUCAAGCCUGCGUUCAGCGAAGUGGAAGGUGCGCAGGGGCUUCUGGAACUUGAAAGCGCCUAUCUUCGCGGGAAGAUUGGGACCAUGAAUUCCUACGAUGUGGUGACCAUCCUGAAUUUCAUCAACAUCGUUGCGGCCGACUUCCAUGAUGAGAACCGGAUGGCUUCGAACUCCACACUCAGCCAGCUGUCGCAGCGCUCCAGCAUUUUACCGGGUCGUGUGCAGCUUGCAGCCUUGAACGCAAGCCUCGAUAAGACCGAUGCGACGCCCAGCGCCCGGGCUUCAAAGGUUUGA